AUGUCUACAAAUGCACGAAGAAGACUGAUGCGUGAUUUCAUGCGCAUGCAACAUGACCCUCCAACUGGAGUUUCAGCAUCACCAGUGGCUGAUAAUGUUAUGAUUUGGAAUGCUGUAAUUAUUGGUCCUGAAGGUACACCAUUUCAAGAUGGAACAUUUAGGUUGGCAUUACAAUUUGAUGAACAAUAUCCUAAUAAACCUCCACAAGUCAAAUUUGUAUCUGAAAUGUUUCAUCCAAAUGUUUAUCCAACAGGUGAAUUAUGUCUUGAUAUUUUGCAAAAUAAAUGGUCUCCAACUUAUGAUGUAGCAGCAAUCUUAACAUCUAUUCAAUCAUUAUUAAAUGACCCUAAUACUGCAUCCCCGGCUAAUGUUGAGGCUUCUAAUUUGUUUAAAGAUCAUAGAACUCAGUAUAUUAAACGAGUUCGAAGUACAGUAGAGAAAAGUUGGGUGGACGAUGAUGAUGAUGAUGACGAUGAUGAUGACGAUGAAGAUGAUGAUGAUGAUGAAGAUGAAGACGAUGACGAGGAAGACGAUGAAGAUGAUGAAGAAAUGUCUGGAAAUGAAAAAUGA